AAAGAAAGCGUAGAAGAAGAACCCCGUUUGUAGCGGCAAUGAAAAGACAGCGUGUUACUUACAAAUCGAGUAAAACAUAAGCAAAGUCAGUACAUUAGCGGUAAUAACCAUCUAAAUACAGGACGAGCGUAAUUCAACCUCCAGAAGAGAGUACACGGACUGCGUCGGGAAGAUGGCUUUGGUUUGUGCAAUCUCCAACGAGGUCCCGGAGCACCCGUGUGUGUCCCCGGUGUCCAACCAGGUGUUUGAACGCAGGCUGAUUGAGAAAUACAUCGCGGAGAAUGGGACGGACCCGAUGAACGGACAACCCUUGUCCGAGGAACAGCUCGUAGAUAUCAAAGUGUCCCAUCCUAUUAGACCAAAGGCACCAUCAGCAACAAGCAUCCCCGCCAUUCUCAAGUCCCUUCAAGAUGAAUGGGAUGCUGUUAUGCUUCAUAGCUUCACCCUGCGGCAGCAGCUACAGACUACUCGCCAAGAACUCUCUCACGCCCUCUACCAACACGAUGCCGCCUGCAGAGUCAUCGCUCGACUCACCAAAGAGGUCACCGCUGCGAGAGAAGCUCUGGCCACACUCAAACCCCAAGCUGGAUUGGUUGCCCCUCAGGCAGUUCCCGCCUCUCAGCCGGCUGCAGCAGGUGCUGGUGGAGAGCCUAUGGAGAUCAGUGAACAGGUGGGAAUGACCCCAGAGAUCAUCCAGAAGCUCCAAGACAAAGCUACCAUCCUCACUACAGAAAGAAAGAAGAGAGGAAAAACUGUCCCAGAGGAGCUGGUUAGAGCUGAGGAUCUCAGCAAAUACCGCCAGGUGGCCUCGCAUGCUGGUCUUCAUAGUGCUAGUGUCCCUGGUAUUCUGGCUCUGGAUCUGUGUCCCUCAGACACCAACAAAGUUCUUACCGGUGGAGCUGAUAAGAACGUGGUGGUGUUUGACAAGAACGAGGAGCAGAUUGUGGCGACGCUUAAGGGUCACACCAAGAAGGUCACCUCUGUCAUUUACCAUCCAUCCCAGUCUGUGGUCUUCUCUGCAUCUCCAGACAACACCAUCCGUGUGUGGUCCGUCGCCGGGGGCAACUGUGUCCAGGUGGUGCGUGCCCACGAGGGAGGUGUCACUGGACUCUCCCUACAUGCUACUGGGGACUACCUGCUCAGCUCCUCUGAGGAUCAGUACUGGGCCUUUUCUGAUAUCCAGACUGGUAGAGUCCUCACCAAAGUCACUGAUGAAAGUGCUGGCUGCGCUCUCACCUGUGCUCAGUUCCACCCUGAUGGUCUUAUUUUUGGCACCGGGACGGCUGAUUCCCAAAUCAAGAUCUGGGAUCUGAAGGAGCGCACCAACGUGGCCAACUUCCCAGGCCACUCUGGUCCCGUCACCUCCAUUGCUUUCUCUGAGAACGGAUACUAUCUGGCCACAGGUGCCCAGGAUAGCUCUCUGAAACUGUGGGAUUUGAGGAAACUGAAGAACUUCAAGACCAUCACCCUGGACAACAACUAUGAGGUGAAGUCCCUCGUGUUUGACCAGAGCGGUACCUACCUCGCUGUAGGAGGAUCUGAUAUCCGUGUCUACAUCUGCAAGCAGUGGUCUGAGGUCCUUAACUUCACAGACCAUACAGGAUUGGUGACUGGAGUGGCCUUUGGAGAGAACGCGCAGUUCCUGACCUCUGCAGGAAUGGACAGAAGUCUAAAGUUUUACAGUUUGUAGAAAAGGAAUAAACUUCAGGCUGAAGGGAGGAGGACAACUGAGAGGAGUAUAGAAUGGUCUCUAUGUCUGAGCAGUCACUAUCCUGGACACUGACUUGGCAUAGACUUACAUUUUGUAGGAAAAGAAGAGAGAAAAAAAAUCACCGCUAACUUUGCUUCAUUAGUGUUUGUCCUCAUGUCCAGGAGAUCCCAUACAAUUGUCGGCUGUAAGAACCACAGCAUCAUGUUUAGGAUAACAUGUCUGUUGGCAUUGUAAGUCUGAAGUGUAAAUGAUGUGAAAUGAGAUACAGAAGAUGGUGAUUUACCAGCAAAUAUGAUUUUACUGUAGGCUUUGUUUUUUUUUUUGUGUGUGUGUGGGGGAUCUAAAGUUGCUUGUAAUACAACUCCAACGUGUUGUAGUACACUGUUGGGAGCUAUAAUUGGUGUGACCACAAUCUGCUUUAAUUCUUAAUGUAGACCAGCUUCAUCAAGUAUCUUUAGGGUUAAGAAUAAAAUACACCUGUAGUGAUGUGCAGUACAGUUAAGCAGAUAAUAAACAGGUGUGUGAGAUUCAUGUUCCUCUGUGAAAAUUUUUAGUCUUCUUUGACCUCCCUUCAAUUUCAUUUCCUGUUUCAUUUGUUCCGUUUAAACUUUUGUCUUUUUCCAAUUGUAUAUUUCUCAUUACAUGCUAUUUUACCUGUUGCCACGCAGCCCUUUUACAAUAAAAUGAAAUAUCUUUUGUAUGGCCA